UUACAGGGAUGGUGUCAGAAGGGACAGAGCUGAGAAAAGGAGCAGCUGGCACAGAUGUGUUGAAACCAGUGAGUAAAGUCAGUGCCCCGGAGGAAACUUUGGCACCAAUUACUCCCCCGACAUCCCCGACUUCUGGAACUGCCUGGGGUGGCCAGUUUGCACCUACCAUAGUCAAGGAUGUGAACCCAGAAGUGCUCAGGAGUGGUGUUGCCUACCUGCCCGGUACGAGAGAUAAAUCGGGGCGUGCCGUGGCCAUAAUAACGACAAGGAACACGGCCUGGCUGAACCCCCACUGCAACACCACCGAGCUCGUGCGGCUGCUCCUCUACCUGCACAGCAUCCCCAGACCAGAAUGCCAGGCUUUGGGUCUGACUGUUCUUGUGGAUGCUCGUCGCUGUUCCCCUGUUCCUGCUCUCUUCAAGGCCUUCAGCAUAUUGCAGGACAUGGAUCCCCCUUGCAUUCAUGGGGUACUGCUUCUGGUUGAAAGAGAUCUGACUUUUCGGAUGGAGAAGCCACCAGCAGGACAGUUUGAACUCCUCACCUCCAUGAAAUCCCUCCAUAAGCACAUAGACAGCUCACAGCUGCCUCUGGAACUGGAUGGGACCUUCCCCUACUGCCACCGGGACUGGCUGAGCUUCCGCAUGAAGCUGGAACACUUGCUACAAGGAUGCCAAGGUGCCUGUGCCUUCCUUCAGGGAGCUAUCCAUAAAGUGGAAUCUGGAAAAUUACCAGGAAAAGCUGAGGAUGCAGCUGUGCUGCUGAGGACCUACAGGCAGUUGAUGAAGAACGUUCUGGAAGACACGCGGCUGGUCAGGCUGCAGCUGGAGGGUGGAGCGCUCCUGGCCAGGCUGAGGAAGGAGGAGUCUUGUGUCACCCUCACCCAUGACUACAGAGAUGCCCUGGAUGCUGCCAGCGUGCUCUAUAAUCGGGUCGAUGAGGGCGUUCACCGGCUGGUGAUGCUGUCAAACAAGCGCAUCCAGGAGCUGGAGCUGGUGAUGGAGUUCGAGAAAGUGGAAGAGUGUUUUAAGGAGGUCAGCAGUUGGAUUGAGAAUGUUGGCAGAAAAGGGCUAAAGGGAACCGUCAACCUGGAUGAUUCUUUGGAGAUGCUGCUUCAAGCGCAAAAGCAGUUCAAGGAGUUUGAUCUUGUUGCCAGUGAAUACUGCAAAAGGGGACAGGAAGCAUUAAAGAAGAUGGAUCGAUGGGAAGACUUUUCCUCUGUGGAUGUGCAUUCUUACAGGGUGAAGCUGCAGACCUACAGAGAUCAGCUGGAGGAGUUCUGCACUCAGCUGGAUGAAACCAGGCACCGAAUCUCUGAAACGGUCAGGCUGUAUGAAUUCUUUGACAAGGCGUACGAGUGGGCCUUGGAAGGGAUGCGACACCUCGCCUGUGUCAGCAUGGAGGACUGCAGCUCCCCCGAGCACUGUGCAGAUGUGAUCAAGUGCCUGGAGAGUUACAAGGGGCAGCACCCCGACAUCAGCGCUGCCCGCUUCCAGGAGAUGAAGGACUUGGCCUGUGAGCUGAAGAGUGACAAGGGGCUCAAGCAGUGGAAAUUCGCGUGGUCUAAAUGUCAGGAGACCAAGCUGGUUUUUGAAAAGAAACUGGAAGCGGCCUUGAGAACGAGGAAGUCUCUGCUGUCAGAGCACAGCCCAGCUGCCGGGGAGCAGCCCCAGGGUGGCAGCGAGGCUGGCAGUCUGUUCCACUGGAGGCACUCCGAGGGAGCCACCUCCAGGUCCCACUGGGACAGGACUUACAGCGCAUCCCACUGUUACAACAGGUCCAACUGCUCUCUGGAGUGGACUAAGGAGAAAGUUCCCUCGCCCUCCCUGAGCUGCCCCGCUGAUGUCGGGGCUGGGGAAGACGCUGCCAGCCAAACUGCUCUCAGCCCUGGCCCUCACUCAAGCAGAGUUUUUUUUGCCAGCGGGGCCUGCAAGUCUCCAAAGCUGCCUGAAGAACAGCCAAACCUCGAGAGCAUCUUAGAAACCUCGGAGGUGAAGCCACCCUCUGCAUCCACUCCGGCCCCCGGGAAGCUGCCUCCGAGGAGGGUGCUCCGGAAGGCCCAAAGCUUCGACCUCCCUUGCGGGGAGAGCCUGUGGUCGAGCUGCCAGAGGAGCGAGCCGGUCAGGUACGGCAACACCGGCGUCUUCAUCAAGGGGCUGGAGGUGAGCAGCACCGAGCUGGUGGACAGGACGUUCGCGCUGCGGCAGCCGGCGGCUCACAGCUGGGCUGCAGACUGCCUGCUCGAGGGGCACAGGGGCUGCCUCUCCGCCUCGGAAGCCAAGAGCUGGGGCAGCAAACUGCGGCACAUCAUCGACGAGAUGGUCACCACAGAGCGGGAGUAUGUGAGGUCGCUGCGCUACAUCAUCGACAGCUACUUCCCCGAGAUGGAGCGCCUCGACCUGCCCCAGGACCUGCGCGGCAAGCGCAGCGUCAUCUUCGGCAACCUGGAGAAGCUCUACGACUUCCACAGCCAGUACUUCCUGCGGGAGCUGGAGAGCUGCUGUAACCACCCGCUGCGGGUCAGCCAUUGCUUCCUGCGACACAAGGACCAGUUUGGAAUGUAUGCAUUGUAUAGUAAGAACAAGCCGAAGUCAGACUCGCUGCUGGCCAGCCAUGGGAAUACCUUCUUCAAGUUGAAGCAGGUGCAGCUGGGGGAUAAGAUGGACCUGGCCUCCUACCUGCUGAAACCCAUCCAGAGGAUGAGCAAAUACGCCCUGCUCCUGAAGGACCUGAUCAAGGAGUGCAGCGAGGCUCAGGAGCAGGAGCUGGGCUACCUGCGUGCAGCUGAGGAGAUGGUGAAGUUUCAGCUCCGGCAUGGAAAUGACCUGCUGGCCAUGGAUGCCAUCCGUGACUGUGACGUACGUUCCGGUGUCCUCCCCUGCCCAGGGGGGCAGAGCCACACUUCUUCCCCUUCUCUGGGCUUGGGGUCUUUGGAUUGUAUGGUAAACCUGAAGGAGCAGGGACAGCUGGUGCGUCAGGACGAGUUCACCAUCUGGCUGGGCCGUAGGAAGUGCCAGCGCCACGUCUUCCUCUUUGAGGAUCUGAUCCUCUUCAGCAAGCCCAAGAAGAUCCAGGGUGGCUUUGAUGUGUAUAUCUACAAGUGCUCCUUCAAGACUGCAGACAUUGGUCUGACGGAGAACUCCGGAGACAGCGGCCUGCGCUUCGAGAUCUGGUUCCGGAGGCGGAAAUCCAGCGACACCUACAUCCUCCAGGCCAGCUCAGCUGAGACUAAGCAGGCCUGGACCAGUGACAUUGCCAAGAUCCUGUGGCAGCAGGCAGCCCGCAAUAAAGGUGUGAUUCCUCCCUGGGGCGUCUGUGCCGCGAAAGAAAUCCGUAUGCAGGAGAUGGUCUCCAUGGGUGUGGGUAACAAGCCAUUCCUGGACAUCAAACCCAGCGAGGCAGCUAUCAAUGACCGUGCUAUCGAUUACAUCAUGAAAGGCAGAGGUGCCAGGACCAGAGCAUCAAUCGCAGUGUCUCAGUUUGACCAUUCCAACCCGUUCAAGAGGACGCAAGCGCAGCUCUCCACUGGCAGCACCCACACUGCGUACAACCCUUCCUCCUCCUCUUCCCUGCUGGGGCCCCUCAACCUCCACAUGUAUGUGAACCAGGCUCUGCUGCCAGAAGUCCUGCCCCCCAGAUGCCCCUUUGACAUCGGCACCUGCAUCGAGGAGGAUGAGCUGGAGCACGAGACGAGCAGCCAACCAUCCCUGACAACAGAGAGCUCAGAGUCAUCGCACUGCAUGUCAGCCACGGGCUCCAGCGGCUCUGACAGCGGCUGUGUCUCCAACGUCCCCCAGGAAAGCUUCUGUGAAGACAUGGGCUCGCCCCCCUACGUGCCCAUAGCCCCACAGCACAGCUCUGCAGUGGAGGGGAGACCCAGGUUCACAAACAGCCAGUACAUUUCUGCAAAAGCAGGCCAGGUCACCAAAAGUCACUCGAGAAUAGUGUGAGCCCCUCGGCCCCGCCUCAGGAAGUGGAGUUGUUGUUUGAUUGCCAUUUCAAACUCCCUGAAGACCUCAGGCCUCUGACCAGCAGAAGGAGAGAGACAGUCUUCACCCAGGAAGAUUUUUUUUUUUUGUUUUUUGGCCUGUACUCAGGCUCUUUCAAACAGCCCAAAACCUGAACCUCUGCCUGGGGGGGAAGUCCCAAGAAGGUUUCUGUCAACUACACUUAAUAGCUUUGGUGUUGGAUGGGACCUUGGGCGUUCCAAACUCGUUGGCCCUAUAUUUAUGAGUAAUAAGUAACAUAACAGUUUGGAGGAAAAAAAAAAAUGUAUUAUUUUUAAAGCUAAGAGCUGUACAGAUUUUUGUUACAAGUGACUCUGUUACUAUUUGUUGUGUAAGCUGCACAUUUUAUAAAGUUUUUGGAAGGGCAUGAAGAGAAACUGAGGUAUUUAAGAAAAGUAGUGUAACUUUCUAUUUCAGGGUUAUAUUGACCUGGACUCAAGGUGUAACGUCCUUCCUUAUGUUCUAAAUAUGUCUAUUAUAGCAAUAAUUUAUUUUCUUGGCUUAACACUUCUGUUUUAAUAAAAGCAGUUUCAUUGUUGUAGUGAAUUGUUUCUUCAGAUGGUUCUUCCAGUGCCUCGGUGCUGAGCUAAUCAUCUCUGUCAUAACCAUCUCUCAGCUCUGCCACUCUCCCUGUGCCAUCUCUGCACUAACCACCUGCCAGCUCAGCCUCGAAAUCCUCAGCUCCUCUGCCAGGGAAGGGGAGGAUUUCCCAGGCAGAGGCUCCCCUGAUGCCAGUGGGAGGCCAAGGCAGACUGAGGAGUUUGGAGCAGCCAGCAGAGGAACAGGUUGUUUUGGAGGUCAGGAGGCACAGGCCAUCAAAGUUCCUGGCUCUGUUUGAAGCCACUUCCCCCUUGUAGCUGCUGUCCCAGUGCCAGUCUGUCUCUCCCUGCUGGGCCAGGUCCCAGGGGCUCCAUUCAGGCUCUGUUGUGCCUUGUCCUGGCUGUGCCCCUGGUUUUGGGGUGACUGGCUGCUUGCUUCACCUCCAACUCAGCCCCUCUCCUGGUACUUCAGUCACAGGGUCGUGGCUUGUUUGAGGAGCUUUGGAUGGUGCUGGCAUCCGAGACCAACAGGGUUUGAGUGUAAAAAGUGUUGAUUAAAAUGCUGAACCUUAAAGUUGCAUGUUGUUUGAAGUAACACAACGUAACUGGAG